CUUUCAUUCAUACCUUUGUACGCGAACGGUUAAGCUGUGUACUGUAACUGUGUUGUGCACCAAGCAAAAGCAAGUGGAUUCCAAUUCUCUGCAAACGAUCGCAUUUAUUUUACUUUUUAAUAAAAAUAAUUCGUUGGAAUACAAAAAUUCUUUUCGAAGUUCGACCGAAAACGAGAUAUUCUGUUCGUGUUAUUGUUGUUUAUGGUUCAACCCCUUCUCAAUCAAUAAAUAUAAAUAAUAUUAUUUAUCUUUUGUUCUUCUGCCCCUGUUGGCCUGUUGCAUUUUAAAAUAAAAGAAAAUUCCUUACCUACUUCAAAUCUAAGCCUUGGCAUUUCGUCGUUUUUCAAAUUGGAAAUUUGAGUUGAAGUUUUGAAUUUGCCUUUUGCCAAAGUUCAAAGUGAUUGUGUUUUUGUGGUUUUUGGUAAAAGUGGUGAAAAUUUGAAAUUUUGUGAUUUAAAUUUAAAAAGAAAAUAGAAAAGGUCCCGCGUUUGAAAAAAAAAAUCAAGAAAAAUGAAUAAAACCUGUGCGAGAUGUAACAAAAUUGUUUACCCCAUCGAGGAGUUAAAAUGUUUAGACAAGACAUGGCACAAAACCUGCUUCAAAUGUACGGAAUGUGGAAUGACAUUAAAUAUGAAAACAUACAAAGGAUACAAUAAAUCUCCAUAUUGCGAAGCGCACAUUCCAAAAGCGAAAGCAACAGCAAUCGCAGAUACUCCUGAAUUGAAGAGAAUAGCAGAAAACACAAAAAUCCAAUCGAAUGUGAAAUAUCACGCUGACUUUGAGAAGGCUAAGGGAAAAUUUACACAAGUCGCAGAUGAUCCUGAAACCCUUAGAAUCAAGCAAAAUACAAAAAUCAUAUCAAAUGUUGCCUACCAUGGUGAUUUGGAAAAGAAGGCUGCCAUGGAGAAACAAAGGGAAACAGCUGAAGUGGGUGAUUCUAGAGACCAAGAAUCCGAAUAUUUCUCUGAGACUCUUGCGGCCGAACAAUUAUCACAAUAUACCCCAGUUUCACCAAUUCCACCACAAACAUUGCCACCUCCACCAAUACAACACCAACAACAAAAUACCGCUUCAAUUAUUCCAAGCAAUCAAGCGGCGCAAAUAUCCCCUCAAUCUUAUAGUAGCCAACCUCUUCCUUCAUCAUCCUCAUCACCGCCGUCUUCUAUAAAUCAAAGACAACAACAGCAACAACUAUUGCAACAACAGACACAACAACACUAUCAGCAACCUAUGUCAGCACAAAUAAUAAAAACUAACGCACAAAACAACACACAACAGAUUUACUCUCACCAACAGCAGCAUUAUCCACAACAACCUCCCAAGCAACCACCCCAACAACAGUUACAGCAGACUGCUACAAAGCAGACAUCACAUUUGUAUCCGCAUCACGCCCCACAGCAACCAUCACAUACAAUUGGGAAUAGUAGCAGUGCCGUUGGAGGCAGCAACAACGAUAACUAUCAACAACAACAACAGCAGCAACAACAACUCGUUGCUACCAACAAUUACAAUCAACUGAGGUCUUCGAUCUUGCAAAAUUCCCAUAAUCCAACUGGUGGAUAUCAACUGGACCCAGCAUCGGGAUAUUACGACCAAUACGACAACUAUGCUCGUCCUGCACCAACUAAACAACCACAACAGCAGCAGCAACAACAACACCAACAACAUCAGCAACAACAACAAUCGUACACCAACAACAACAUGAGCUCCUAUGGCAAUCCUAACUCAAACCUGGUACCACCGCAAAAGCAUCAGCACAACAACUAUGGAUAUCAACAACAAGCAACUCAACAAUUCAUCAACAGUCAGCAAACAGGAGCUUACAACCAUUACAACAAUUCAACAACGCCAAACAAUUCGACUGGUACGACUAAUGGGGGCUUGAAUAUGAAUGGUAGUGGAAAUCGCAUGAUGGGGGUUAGUAGUACAGGUGUUGGUAGUGGUGGUAGUGGGGGUGGAAGCAUACUAAGUGGGGGUGGUAUUGGGGUAAUGAACAGCCAACAGACAGGAACGGCACAAACACCUGGUGGUGGUAGUGGUGGCGGUAGCAUUGGCAAAAUAGCCGACUACGACCCACUUACCGACGGUCCACGAAAUAUACCGAACACGACACGGCCCAGCACAACACUUAUCUAUAGUUCUGAUCGUGGAUCAGUGAGCAACGCAUAUCCUAAACGCGUUGGUUCGAUUGCGGACAUUGAUCCAGCUAAUGGAGUAUAUGGUUCUCUAACAGAAUCACAAGCAGCUCAACACCAACAGCAACAAUAUUAUCAACAACAAUUGCAUUUGCUUCAACAACAACAGCAACAUCAUCAAAAUCAAGUAAGGCAACAUCAACAACAACAACAGCAUCAGCAACAACAACUUCAGCAGCAGCAACAACAACAGCAACAUCAGCAGCAGCAACAACAACAAGCACACCAACAUCAACAUCAUCAUCAACAACAACAACAACAUCAACUUGCGCAAAAUAAGCAAAACAUGCGGGUGUAUCGCGCUCUAUAUGAUUAUGAGGCACAGGACACUGACGAAGUUAGCUUCCGGGAAGGUGAUGUUAUUUUCGAAGUCGAUUCCGUUGAUUCUGGCUGGAUGACAGGCAAAGUGGAACGGACUGGAGAGACUGGUAUGCUUCCAGCUAAUUACGUAGAACAUGCAGUAAUUUAAUUUAAGAUUAUACAUAUCCAAUUUAUGUAUGUAUUAAUAUAUAUAUAUAAUUUCUAUAUAAACACAAAUAUAAGAAAAAAUAUAUCACAAACUUAUUUAUAAAACUAAAACAAAAUGAACACCUAUAAAACAAAACUGUUACCAUGUUAAACAAUAGAGAAACUAAGAGAAAACAAAAAAAAAAGGAAUCACAAACAGAAAUAUAAACAAUUACUCAUUUUUAAUAAACAUACAACAAACAAUAUUAACCUACAAAAGCAUAACAAUGAAUUUAGUAAAAAUACUUCCUCAAAAUACAUAUCUAACGUUAUACAUUUGAGAUCACUAUAUAUUUAUGAAACAAACAAAAAAAUAAAGCAAUGAAUAAAUGGUUUCUUAAAAUAAAAAUGUUAAAACUAAAUAAUAAUUUAUAUGUACAUGAAUUUUGUUGAAUAAUAUUCACUAAAUAUUUAUUUUUAUUAUAUUUCUUGUGUAUGAAUGUUUAAAGUUAAAAUCUGAUUUUAACUUAAGUGUUGUUAGAUUUAUAUCUCACCAUUAUGAAGUUCUUCAAUUUAAUUUUGAGUUAAGACUCUUUUUCGAAAUGCAUAGUGAGUGAGAAUACAAAAAAAAACGAUUCUUAAGUCGUUGUCGUUGUAAUAGCAAAACUUACUUCCUUCAAAUACAAAUACAUAUUUAAAUUGUGAGCCAUUAAACAAAUUAAAGAUAUCUGGAAAAUAUUAAUACAAACCAACCUACCGAUGAUGAUCCAUACACAUUUAUAAAUUCCUUCAAAAUGUAUGCAUCACAAUAUUCAAACUUCUUGUGUGGUUGUUAAAUCCAUGAUUGAAGCUUUUCAGUUAUUUAUACCUUUGCUUUAUUAUUUUCUAGCGUAAAUAAAAGUAUAUUUAAUAAAAUUAAGUGCCUUCUGUUGCAAUAAUAAGUAAUGCGAACCUAAAUCAAAAAAAAAUAUAUUUAAUUAUAAAUUUAUCAAUGAAUUUUUUAAAAAAAUUAUUUUAUAAAAUAUAAACCAACACAACCUAUAAAACUAUAAACAAAAAUAAUUUUAGCUUCCAUAAAAACAAAUAAAUAAAAUAUUAAUUUAAAACAUAGAGAAACAGAGAAAAAAAAAUGUAAUAUAGUCAUCGAAAAAUAAUAUUUUAUUUAACUGCAAAAUCCCUUAUAUAAGAUAUUUUUGUUUUUUUUUAGUUAUUGUCAUCUACUAAACAAAAUAAAAUUGAUAACAUUCAUAUUUUGAAAAAUA